CCGGAAUCCAAAGACGCAAACGAUGUCAACAUGCCAAAACGUGCUUCUUGUUGUAAUAUUUUAGUAUCAAAAUAAAGACAUUUUUGCCAUUAGUAUUUUUAUCCUAUCGCUAUUAGAAAUUUUAUCUGACUACUGAAGAUGGAGUUUGGACUUAUGAAUGUGACUGCUCUUGCAAAUCUUCUGAAAACCAAGGAUGAUGACUCCGACAGUGAUGAUGAUCAGCCUUGCAGAACUCUCGGUAAGAUGGGGCCAGGUGAUAUUGCACCAACAAAAAAGUCAGCUGAUGAUGAUAAAGGGAAAGACUCAUUGACCGACAAGAAGAAGUUACCAAGGAGCAAGGCCAUCUGGGAGGAGGAAGAAGUUCCUGAAGGUGCAGAGUAUGAUGCUGUGUACGACCCCAGACCACAGCCAGAAUAUGAAAUUAUCUAUAAACAGGCAGUGACUUCAGAAGACAUGUUUCUACAAAUGGGAAAUAAGACACCAUCCUCUGCUAGUUGUGAAGAUAUGAUUGUAAAGAUCCAGCUUCCAGGUGCUAAGAUGUCUGAUGUCCAGCUCGAUGUAAAACCAAAAUUUCUUGAUUGCAGAACAUCAAAAGUAAGACUGGGUCUCCACCUGCCACAUCCUGUGGAUGACAAAAAAGGCAAAGCACAAUGGGAUGGUCGAACUGAAAUCUUGUCUGUCACACUUCGGAUAGUGCGAGAGUUUGACUUCCUUAAUUUCUAGUCAUCAGGAGAGCAUGGGACCUUGAUUCCUGACUAGAAGUUACCGCACUCAACAUGUGAUGUAAAAUGUUUGAUCACAAUCAGUAUUACAGCAAACAUCCAGAUGGACGUAAAAUCUUUCAACAUGAGAUAUAUUGGGUUUAAAUACAUCACGGAGACUUAUUUAAAAUCUCAUUUCAUGUCCAUAGGCAAAGUCAUCACAUUUUAUUUUAAACUCAUUUUUUUUCCAAAAACAAAUUGUUAUAAAUCAAUUGUACAAUUUGGUACAUCUAUCUUGUAGAUAUUAACAGAUUUUUAUCUGAACUGUGAAAAGAGGUACUAUUGGUCAUUGACCAAGUUGUUGAUAUUGUUGUUCAAGAUAAUUCCAUAAAAUUGCCUGCCCAGUUCCUUCCGGUUUGUCUAGUGCAUGGACAAAAAAGGAAGCGCACAUUGAUUUAUUAAUCAUUGGCUAUUGGAUGUUAAAUAUAUGGUUAUUUUUGACAGUGAUAGAGAGGAAACCUACUACAUUUUUUCAUUAGUAGCAAGGGAUCUUUUACAUGCACCAUCCCACAGACAGAAUAGUACAUACCACAGCCUUUGAUAUACCAGUCGUGGUGCACUCUAGUGCAUGAAGUCAUUUUGGUCUCAAAAUAAAAGAACAUAGAAUGACCAACAGUGUGGGGAUUGAUGUUUAUACUCUGGUUCAUCUUACAAUGAUUUACAGUCACAGUUAUUAAAUUGGAGGGCAGAAGUUGUGUAGUGGUCUUCGCAGUGUGUAAUUUUUUGUAACAAUUUUUUAACAAAAAUAAGACUUGUUCCACAUUGUCAAUAUCAGUUAAUUACCAAAAUGUAUUCCUUUAAUAAUUACAAUUAUAUUGUGUCAUUUUUAAAUAUACUGAAUUCCACUGAAAACACACAACCCAAUUUGCAAUUGUGACUGCUGUUGCUAUAAAACACACAAUAACUGUAAAGCUUGUAUACAAGUUUUGGGUUAAUUAUUGCCUACCAGAAUACAUCCAUUUAUACAAGAUCAGUUAAAUGUAUUCUUUUUUCUUCUCGUAUUCUUUUUAUCACUACAAAUCUGACUGAUGCAGUUUCAAUGGAGUUCAGUAAAAAAGUUUCACGGCAGUAUUUUGCAGUCGGGAUAUUUUAGUGAAACAAAUCAUUACUAGUAGCAUGGGUAUGUCUGAGUAUGUUAUUUGACCUAUGUUAGUUUAAACAUUCAUUUUGAGAACAAUGAUGUAGUGUGUUUAUUGAAAUACAGGGUUUAUCAUCUUGUAUGCCAAAAACAAAAGAGAGCAAUUUCUUUGAGUUGUGAUCAUAAAAAAAACUAAACAUUCCACACUUUUUUCAUACACCUAAAAAUAUGUGAUAUUAUAUACAUGUUGAUGAAAGACAAUGGUUCAAUGAUUUAGUUCUUGAAGAUUUGUCACAAGUUUAUCAUUUACAUUCCAUUCCAAUCUAAUUAAAAUUAGCUCCACUAUUACAUGUGGAUCUAACACCAGCCAGUUGGAGCUCAUGUCCACCAAUCAAA